GUCUAUCUUACAGCAGCUGUUUUUGAGCUUGACUUUUCCACGUUUCCUUGAGGCAGCUGACAUGGAAGAUGAUGAUUUCGGUGCCGCCCUGCCUAAAACAAGCUGCAUCACUGAGCAAACUCAGUAUUUCUUUGAAAAUGAUGAUAAAUCUUUUGGUGGAAUUGUAGACUGUAUAAACUGCUCCAGACUUUAUCAUGCAGAGAAGAUUUCAAACACCAAUCUAGUAUUCAUUAUUAGUGACAGCCAACUGCUGUGCCGCUCCUGUGACCCAAAGCCACUGAUGCAAGCGGAGAAGCCGGAUGAAGGGCCAAAUCCUUGUGAAAUGGUCAAACAACCUAGAUACAGAAAGGGUCCUGAUGUCUGUUUUGAUGAAGCCAAACAGGAAGAUUCGGCCGACUGCGGUGGUGUCUCUGGUCUGAGUCCAUCACUGUGGUCUAUGGUAGGAAUUCAGUUGGUCCUGCUUUGGCUGUUAUCUGGCAGCAGACACUGCCAGUUAUGACCUUGCUAAACCAAAACCUGCGUAACUUAAUCAAGACCUGGCCAAAACGAUAGCCUCAGUUUCAUUUUAAAAAGGGUCAGCUAUUCAGACAGCAGCAGAACAGCAGUGCUCGUGUCUGGUUAUCACUCGUUGUGAGACUCAUAAAGGCACCCACAGUUGCUGCAUGUUGGAGUGUCGGAUCCUUAAACGUGUGUGAAUGCUGCAUCGUCUACGCCAUCCGAACAGAAUUCUGAACGUGCUCCACUGGGGAAUCUAAGAUUUUUUUUUUUUCAUUUGUUUGUUGUAAUCUGAUGACUUCAUGUAAAAGGGCUCCCCUGACAACAGCUUAUGUAUAAGAUUUUCAUUUCUUUUAAGCUUUGGAUAUCUUGAAAAUCUAUAUUCUUUUACCUGAACAGUUAUUUAAAA